CUGGGGGAGGACGGUGGCCCGUGAGGCUCGUCGCAGACAAUGUGGCGGUGAUGUCCGGGAGCCAGGCGAGUGCCGUGGCGGCAGCGGCGGGGCCUGGCUUCGGCCUCGCUCCGGUUCCUGGGCCGCGGGCCGGCGGCCAGCGCGGGAGCAGCAGCAGAGGCGGAGGCGCCAGCGCAUCUCUCUCCUCCCCUUCGGCCUGAGCCGGGGAAGGCCGGGCGGCUCGGGUGGCUGGAGGAGGUCCGCUGCCCGAGAAUGGGAAUUCUCUUCACCCAGAUAUGGAGACUGUUCAAUCACCAGGAGCACAAAGUUAUCAUUGUUGGGCUGGACAAUGCAGGGAAAACUACCAUCUUUUACCAAUUUUCUAUGAAUGAAGUUGUACAUACAUCUCCUACAAUAGGAAGUAAUGUAGAAGAGAUAGUAAUUAAUAAUAUACGUUUCCUAAUGUGGGAUAUUGGUGGCCAAGAAUCACUUCGUUCUUCAUGGAACACUUACUAUACCAACACAGAGUUCGUAAUAGUUGUUGUGGAUAGUACCGACAGAGAAAGGAUUUCUGUAACCAGAGAACUCUAUAAAAUGUUAGCCCAUGAGGACCUAAGGAAAGCUGGAUUGCUGAUUUUUGCUAAUAAAGAAGAUGUUAAAGAAUGCAUGACUGUAGCAGAAAUCUCCCAGUUUUUGAAACUAACUUCUAUUAAAGAUCACCAGUGGCAUAUCCAGGCAUGCUGUGCUCUUACUGGCGAGGGAUUAUGCCAAGGCCUUGAAUGGAUGAUGUCACGAUUUAAGAUUAGAUGAUCUCUGCUGACCUCUUCCCAUAGACUUUGUAUAAACAAAGUGCUGGACUUCACCUGAAAGCUGCAAAAAUUAAUGGUUUAGAUAUAUUUAUAAUAAACUGAUUUAAACUUUUUUCUAUAAGAAGAAAAAUUAAGACCACUUCUUUGAAAACAAAGAUGAAGUCUCAUCUUCCAAUUCUGCUUUCUCAUUAGUUCCUUCCAAAGCAAGGUCUUAAAGCUGUGAUUGACAUUUUUCUCAUAAUGAAUCCUCUCAGGACAUUGUGUAGACUGUGGUAAGUGCAAAGGGAGAGGAAGACAUUUUUAACUUUAAGAGCUUUAUUAUCAGUAUAACCCUCCCUAGUUGAAUGUUCC